AUGGAUCUGAUCUUGCUCGAUGAGAAGGGCCGUAAGAAUCAGGCAGGGAUUAAGGCUCCAUUAAUACCUCUGUUUAUCUCACAGCUUCAUGAGGAUGAAGUUGUUAUUCUCUCCAGAUUUGGUGUUGGAGAAAACACUGAUGCUUACAAAGUUAUUAACCAUGGUUACAAGAUUAACUUUUACCGAUGUACGGUUGUUACACGUGCGAAUGGUUGGCAAGGUGUUGAUUACGGAUUUAAUUUCAUCGCACAUUCACACAUUCUUAAUGGAGAUGGAAAGGAUCUGCUCACGUGCGGUAUGACUGUUUCUGAUAAUCUGAUAUAUGUUUUGCCUCCCUUUUCAAUGUCACUAAUUUCUGUUGCUAUGUUUACCAUUUUAGAUGUUGCUGGAAUUGUUGUCUCGUGUGGAGAUAUGGAAAUCUUUCCUAAUGAAAGAAAAAAGAUGAAUUUGGAUCUUCAAGAUGUCCAGGGAGAGGUAGUCCGUUGUCAAUAUACUGUUCAGAGUGAUAAGUUUGGAAGUCGUCUAUUUCUCAACCAAGAAAUUGAUGAGAUUAAUGAACUUCGCAAGAGUCUUUUAGUGAAACAAUUUGAAGCUGGUGCUUCUUCUUCUCAAACCAUUCUUUCAUCUCAGAGUGUAUUUCCAGUCCGUCAAGAAUUUCUAAUUGAGACUCCUAAGAGUCAUGUUGAUGAAAUUAUUGAGAUUGAUAGUGGAAUGUCAUGUGUGGUAGUUGCAACGAUCAAAAUUGUUCAACAAAACUAUGGAUGGUUUUAUCCGGCGUGUCGAGACUGUAACAAGAAGGUGUUGACCAAAAUUGAGUACUUACAAUAUGCUAAAACCAUUUCUGAUGAGGUCAUGAAUCUGUCACUUGCUUCAUUGGUUUGUCCGAAAUGCGAUAAAGAAUGCACAUCGAUAACCAUAAAGUUCAAAGUACAUCUGAGAGUGCAAGAUGAAACUGGCAGCGUUUCUUUUGUGAUGUUUGAUAAAGAUGUAAUGAAGCUUAUUGGUUCAACUGCGAAUGAUAUAAGGGAACGCCAAGUGAAGCUCGAUGAUACUGAAACUUUUCCCCAUGAAAUAUCAUGGUUGGUUGAAAAGAAGUUGGCGUUUAAAAUUGAAGUUUCUGAUUACAACCUUAACCAUGACUACCACGUCUACACUAUCCAAAAAGUAUGUGAUGAUCCGGACAUAAUUGCCGAAUUGGUUGGUGGUAAUGGAAAUGCUCUUGAGGUUGCUGAUAAGGUGUUUAGUCAAGAAGGUUCAGAAAUUAAAGCUGUUCAAUUAUCUGAAUCCUCACAGAUGGCCGGUGCUGAUAUUUCAAAGGAUGUUGUAUCUGUUAUGUCCGACUCUUCCGUUGUCGAAGCCGAGAAGGAUUCAGCCACCAGUCCUAAUGGUAAACGUUCGUUGCAGGAUGUGGAAGGUCAAAAUGUUGGGGAACUCUCUUCUAACAACAAAAGGAGCCGGAGGAAGCCAUCUAGGCUUAACACUUAG